UGCCCUUCUCGUACUACUUCUACUGGGACCAUUACGAACCUUGUCGAUCUUGAACAGUUACCUGUUAUCAUAAUACUACUAUUUUUGGUGAUUAUUUGUCGUUCUUUGGACACUUUAUCUCCAAAAUGCCGUAUGCUAAUCAACCUUCUCUUAACCUCAUGGAAUUGACUGAAGAAAAUAUCAAGUUUUAUAUCGAAGACACCGAUUUAAGAUAUUCUCAUUGUCAAACUUCGAAAGGGCCAAUCACUCAAGCUAAAGGCUUAUGCUGUGAAGGGAUUUGGGAAAGAACAUGCCAAGUGGAAUCCCACUUCUAGUGUAGCAUUUGAAUAUGAUCCUGACAAUGCCUUGAGACACACACUGUAUCCCAAACCAGAGGAAUGGCCUAAGAGUGAAUAUACUGUCUUGGAUGAUAAUCAGUAUCAAGCUGACUUUGACCCAACAGCUAGGCCAAAUAAGUAUUAUUUCAAUGUUGAAUCUGCCGGAGCCUUGAAACCUGAGAAUAUAGUCAUGAUGGGGAUUGCUGCUUUAAAGAAAAAACUUUCAGAUCUCCAAAAUCAACUUAGCAUGGAAGCACAAUCAGAUGCUUUGGCUAUAAACUAAAUGUGCUUCACUGUGUGUAACUUUCAUUCACCUCAUUAUCAUAAGAUACUAGUUUCACCUUACAUAAAAGCAUCAUGAUUUCAGAAGAAAGUUGAAACAUUUUCUUGAUUCAUUUUAAAGUUUCCUUGAGUAUUCAUAUUAAGUCAUAAUAAUUUGGCUUUUGAGAAAGGUUAUAAAUUAUAUUCCUAGUUUAAGUUCAAGUGUACCCCGUUAGUAAUGGCCCAAGUGAAUACGUAUGGGUAGGAUAAAUUGUCAUGAGCUUUAUAAUUUCCAUAUUAACAAUGUAAUGUGACUUUUGUAGCAUUGUCUCAUUUAUAUUUAUGUUUAGGGAAAUCUGUUUUAAAUGCAUUCUAAAAGGUACCAUUUAAUGGAAAACUAGAAGUGAUUGUAAUUGAAACUGUUUACGUAGUUUUCUUAUAAAUUAAAUUCUUAGUUUAAGUUCAAGUGUACCCUGUUAGUAAUGGCCCAAGUGAAUAUGGGUAGGAUAAAUUGUCAUGAGCUUUAUAAUUUCCAUAUUAACAAUGUAAUAUAACUUUUGUAGCAUUGUCUCAUUUAUAUUUAUGUUUAGGGAAAUCUGUUUUAAAUGCAUUCUUAAAGGUACCAUGUAAUGGAAAACUAGAAGUGAUUGUAAUUGAAACUGUUUACAUAAUUUUCUUAUGAUAAUGGUCUAAAGUUUGUAGUACAGUAUGAUUUUAGUGGUAUCCAACAUUAACCAGGAACUCUAAGAUACUAGAAAACUGUAAAUUCUGUACUAUUGCAUUGUUUCAAAGAUUUAACAUGUUCUUACUUAGUAUACUGUAAUCAUUAUGUUAAUUCACUUCAUGAGGGUAGUUUAAAAGAUUAGAAUAAAAUACAUUUUUUCCACAA